GUACACAUUUGGGGUCCGUUAUUGGCUGUUCCCCUCUCCAUCACACAUUCCAAUCAAUCAAAACCCACACCCAAGCCGCAUAAGGAAAAGAAAACGAAACAAGGUGUGGAGUAGCAGCAGCAGCAGCAGCAGAGUAAGGAGCACAAGAACAAGAUGGAAGUAACAGCAGCAACCUGUGGACGCAGCAGCAGCUUAGGAAUAGUAAUUCCUCCCUUCCGCAAAACCAAUUCAUUCUUCAAACCCAUGGCCAUGGCUGCAGCCCAGAAGCCAUUGCCCUCUUCUUCUACAACAGCUGUCUCCAAGAAGCAGAAAACUACCUCAUCGGCAACCUCGGUGAAGCUGCUGACAAGGGUGGAGCAACUGAAGCUGUUGACGAAAGCCGAAAAGGCCGGCCUGCUCUCCGCCGCAGAAAAAGCCGGCCUGUCCCUCUCCACUAUCGAGAAGCUAGGCCUCCUCUCCAAAGCUGAAGAACUUGGGGUCCUCUCGGCCGCCACCGACACUGCACUGCCAGGAGCCCUUCUCACUGCCAGCUUGGGAUUGCUGGUUUUGGGGCCGGCGUGUGUUUACCUUGUCCCCGAGGAUAACCUUUGGCAGGUUGUGAUUCAGGCUGUUGUCGCUCUGGUCUCUGUUCUGGGUGGCUCUGCUGCUUUUGCUGCUUCAAGUUUUGUGUCCAACUUGCAGAAAUCUAGCUAAUAAAAACUCUUGUUUGAGUUCUGCCCUUGUGAAUGUUGUUGUUGCAUAAUGUUCCUUGGAAUCCUAAAUGGGCAUAGAGCGGAUGUCAUCUUAACAUGGAAACAUGAGCAUAUAUUUCUAAUAGAAUCAUGAAUCCUCAGACCUCAAAAGCGUGCAAGCUGCUUGUAUAGCUGUCUUGAAGGAUCGAUAGAAUUACUAUAUUUUACAUAUUACAAGUACAACCUAGAAACAUGC